AUGCAUGAGUGUGAUUCACUACAGGACUGUGCUGUCGCACCUAGCCCAAAUAUUCGGACUUAUCGACCUGAUCCUCGAUCGAAGCGCAGGCUCCCCGACAUGACAUCCACGAAGACUGGGCCCCCGCCCAGGCCUCUGGUCGUACCCAGGCCUCGGGCCACCACUGCUUCACGACCUCAGGCUCGAUCAGCAGGUACAGCUGAAAGAGCUGGUAGGAAUGAAAGCCUAACGGACAUGGUUCGAUUCUUUCAGAGUCAAAAUAUGCCCUCUCGCCCCGCGCCUCCACCUGAACCUCAAACAGACUCUCGAGCUCCCUCUCAACCUCCACCUCCGAGUCCUUGUCCUUCCGAUACAACCACUGCCCUCCCAGUUGCUGUUUCGCCGAAGGAAUCGAAGCCAGAUCCUAUACCAGAUCCAAAGCAGGAUCCGAAGCCGGAUUUAAAGCCAUUUCAUCGUCGCCUCUUGCAGUUUGCGCAGCGCCCGAAGAAGGAACCAUCGCACAGGUCAAAGGAAGAAGACCAAAAGCGCCAAAUUGAAGCACUAACAAAGGGAGGAUAUCUUAUUCCAGCGCCUUUACCAAAUGAGCCAAGGGGACAAAAUGAGACAAAGCGAUCAAAAGAAAACCUGCCUCACCCUCUCUCUCGAUCCCUUUCGAAAUCGAAGAGAGAUGUGGAAAACAUUGGACAGCCAUGGCUGCAAGCCAUAGUCGAUGGCAGCAGGCGAUCAACUGAGGCAAGACGUCACUUGGCCUCACUGGAUCUUGGUGACUUUGACUCUAUGGUUGGCGGCGCAGUCUCACUCGCUUCUGAUUUCGACGAUUCUGUGCCACCACCGUAUCAGCCAACUGAUCACGCCUCCUCCCAAUCCCCAUCGACUAUCCCAACGUCAAGAUCUAUGACAGACCUAAAUCCUCAACAUACCACCCGAGCAACUUUUUCGUCGCAUUCUACCAGUCAAUCCUAUAGGAACGUGUCAAUUGAUGAGCACCAGCGGCCAUCUAUCUCUACAGGGUCGACUAUGCGUGCCGACAAUGUCUCACGAGUCACUAUCAAUUCAGCCCUAGGUGUAAAUGGGACAGAGCCACGGCCUAGACUGUCCAUUGAUAGCCAAAAACGAACCCAGUCAGGCCAAUCCUCUCCUCGCCAUGUGCCACCCUCGACUCCCACCUUGAAACUUUUCCCUGCUGUUGCACCUCCUCGCAAGCCCACCAAAGGGCUAUUAAUAAACUCAUCAAUUCCUCGCUAUCAAACGAUCGCAAAUACCACAGCAUCGCCAGCAUCUCCGGUAUCCAGCUCACGAACAGGAUCUUCUGACAACGUACAUAAAGCCUCAGAUGAGCCAAAAAGACCAUCAGUUGGUUUUAUAGGUGCUCCAACCAGCGAGGUAGGACCAAGGAGCUCAGGUGCACUUGCACCUCGUGCAACCUCUUCUUCUUCUUCAGCGGCACUAUCUAGAGGAAAAGCCUCGAAGCAUUCUGCGUCGCAUUAUAAGACCAAAACUCGACCGCUCUCGUUGUCUCUGGGCACAAUGAAUGGAUUUCCUCUCCCGGCGCCCACAAGGCCCCUGCCAUCACUACCCGUGGCUCAAUGCUCGACGAGUAUACCGGCCACUAACACUCGCUCUAUUCGAACAAUUGAUUCAGGGUCAUUGCCACAAGAUUUGCCUUCUCCUUCGACAACACUGGUUGAAGAUCAGAAGGUCGAAUCCGCUGUCAACAGCCCAUGUAUCCUUACCUCGACCCCAGCAACCGCUCUUAGUAGUGUCGAUGCUAGCGAGACAAUAGCCGAUGACGAGGACUCGUUUACCAUUUUGCUUUCGGAACACUACCAACCAACCCCAGAACAUUGCAUUCCGAGAGGACGUGUUUCAAGUGUGCGCAUCCCUCGAGUACAAGAACUUCCCGAAAGACCUUCAAGUCAACAUGAUAAAGAGGUCUCCGAGGGACGGCCUUUAGCCGACUCUCCUGUCCUUGGACACUCUAUGCCAGGACGCCCUAUCCCUUUAAAGACUAAUGGCAAACGUGUUGUGCCGAGCAGGCUUCAGAUCGAUCCUCACGCCAGUCGGACGAACCUGCCAUUUGGUCUGCCAUCGCCUCCACCCACUGCAUCACUCCCAUUAGCACCACCUCAGCGUCCACCUCCUCCACCUCCUGGGCGAAAGGUUGUCCAAGGAAACUACACUGCGCCUAACCUGACCAUUCUGCCAUCAUCGAGGAAUAUGGAAGUGAACCCCAGGGUUUUGACCAUAUCCCGGAGCAACAGCUCAGGAAGUAGCCUUCGACACGAGAGCUUCCCUACAACCCACCAACAAGCUCGCCCCGACUCUUCCCUCGAGUCUCCGCUUCCCUCAUCGGACGAUGAGGUCUUCGGUCUAGUUAACGACACCAAACAAUCGUGCCUAGAGGCCAACAAGUACCAGCGGGUCCAGCCACAACGCCGUGCGUAUGAGACGAUGGAUCCACGGCAGGUAUCCUCCCACAAUCGACUUCGUUACCCCAAUGCCGCGCGCCCUAUGACACCCCAAAGCCGCAACAUUCACAAUUUGGACAAGACUUCGUCUCCUCAAUCACAAUAUUCCCAAUCAACCCACCGCUCUAGAGAGUCCCAAGGCAGCCAAAACACCCGCGCCGCUCCUCAGGCCGACCAGUACCUCCAGGACCGGGUCGCGAAUCUGGAACGCCAGAACCAGAUUCUACAGGCCGCUCUCAUAGCUGCUCUCAAUGCUGGUGCCAAGAAUCCUCUCGAGGAUAUCAAUCGCGACCCAAACACGUCGUCAGGCUUCCCACGCGCUCCUUUUUCACGCCAAUACUCCAGCCGCCAAACACGACCUGAUAGCUGGGUCGGCUCUUCUCGCAGCAGUGAGUACAACGGGUUUGAGAGUUCUAAUUCCCACCGAGAUACCCGGGCAAAACUCGAACAGCUGGACAACAUGAUCCAAGAUAUCGAGUCUGGUUGGAUGUCGGAGAAGUCCAUUAUCGGUGGAAAUCGAAUUGCUCGCAAACGAUAA